AUGGUGGCCAAAAUCGUUGGACCACAGUUUCGGUCAUUGACUGCGUUGCUGUUUGUGGGAAUGGCGUUAAUGGUGCAGGACGUCAGCGGAAUUGCUAAUGGGACGAACAGCAAUGGGGGUGACGCGAAGCUCAUUUUUGCUCAUGUGCUUUUCCGCCAUGGUGAUCGUACUCCGAUCGAUCUGUAUCCUAACGAUCCUUGGAAGGAUCCCAGCCACUGGACAGCAGAUUGGGGACAGCUAGUGAACGCUGGUAAAAUGCGCCAUUUAAUGCUAGGAAAAUGGCUACGCCACCGCUAUUCGAGUUUGCUGAAAAACACAUACAGCAACAAUGAGAUUUACGUACGCUCUACCGACGUUGACCGAACACUGAUGAGUGCCGAGGCAAAUCUCGCCGGAUUAUACCCACCGCAGGGAGCUGAUGUAUGGGACUCGGCCAUAACUUGGCAACCGAUACCAGUGCAUACGGUUACGGAAGAACUGGACAGUGUGCUGGCAGCAAAAAAACGGUGUCCCGCUUUUGAUCACGCACUGAAGGUCUAUCGUCAGUCGGAACCAUACCAUUCGUACAAUGCUUCUUUGGAGCAGCUGUAUCGUUAUGUGACGGAGAAGACGGGUCGCCGAUACGAUUCCAUGUCAUCUGUACAGAAUCUUUACAGCGCACUGCUGAUAGAGGAGCUAAACAACUUUACGCUGCCUGACUGGACAAAGACGGUCUACCCGGAACCUUUGCGAUCGAUUUCCGCAGUGACAUUUGCAGUAAAAACGAACACUACCCAGCUGGCCCGUCUAAAAAUGGGUCCACUUGUGAAGGAGAUGCUUCAUCGGUUCCGGUCGAAAGCAAAGGGAACACUGAAACCGAACCGGUCCGUCUGGAUAUACAGUGCGCACGAUGUUACGGUCGCCAGUUUGCUAAAUGCGUUGCGAAUUUUUGAACUGCACAAUCCGCCCUUCGCAGCGUGCAUUAUGCUUGAACUGCGACAACCCGCCAACGGUGAACAGGCGUACGUGGAAAUAUUCUACAAAAAUACCACAGCCGAACCGUUCCAGUUGACCGUACCUGGCUGUACCGCUCAAUGUCCACUGGAUAAGAUGUUUGAAAUUUAUGACAGCAUUAUGCCGAAAGACUGGGAAUCCGAGUGUCAACUAUCCCUGCUGUCGAUGAGCUACGUCGAGGCGGAUAUGAAUUCGGCCAGCAGUUUGAUCGGGAUUGUGCUAUUGACUGCCAUUUCGAUGCUCGUUCUGCUGACCGUUGUAGCCAUUGCGAAACGUCGCAACAGUAUGAACAGCGAACGAUGGUACCUACGGAUUGAUGGGUGA